AUGCUCAUGUCAGAAGGGCUUUGCAUGGACAUCUUCGCGCGUGACUUCCUUCUCGGCUUGAAUUCGACCACUCGAGUGAAUUGGGGAGUUGAGGGACGACUUACAUCGGCUCUCACUCUGGCUAUGAUCGAAGGAUCUGUGGCUUCGAAUGCCAUUGUGCAGAGCUUUCACUACUCAACCACGCCUGCUCUCGCUGAAGUAUUAGACAGUUUAACGAUGACCCCAGCCGUGCCGAGACUUGUUGGUGAGAUUGAGCUGGUGUACGACGUCAAGUGGCCUCUUGGCUUGGUGAUCACUUCGCAAUCACUGGAUCACUACAAGAUCAUGCACCGAUUUCUGCUUCAUGUGCGACUGACAUCGCUGGAAGUGCGGGAGGUGUGGUCACUCCUCCGCUCUAUCCGCCAACGUGGACAUCUGUCUCCGAUUCUUGAGCGUUUAUGCGGGGGUGUUGUCUACAAGAUGCAGGCUCUGCUCCAGGCUUUCAACGAGUCCUUUGCGACGAAGGUCUUAAUGUCGGCGUGGUCGGAGCUUGAACACUCGUUGCAGAAGUCGACAAUGCUCACGGAAUUACGGCGCCACCACGACGACUACGUGGCUGUUGCACUCCGCUGCUGUUUCUUGGACUCCUCAGAGGUUCACUCGGCGUUCCUGGGCACCUUGGCCGCGGCUUGGAGUUUGAUGGCAUUCGUGCGAGGAUUGGACCGCCAAGUGACUGGAAGGGCGACUGAAGAGGCUCGAAUCCGCGCGCUGUGUGACGAGUACGACAUCGCGCAGCGUACACUGGUCGCACGUCUACAGAGUGUUUCACGCGAUGCAGAUCGGAGUGCGAGGGAGUUUUCAGAGUGUUUUCUACUCCGGCUAAACUUCAACGACUACUACUCCACAGGCGCCGGUCCAGAAGCAGCAGCGACAAUAGGCGAGCGAGUGGGCGCCAGGAGCUGGAUGACGAUGUAG